AUCCCCAUUGCCUUCUUGCUUCCAUCUCCGAUUUUCCAACCGGCCAGUUCUAAUUGAUUCCUCGUCUACUCGUCCUAUAUCCCGAUUCAUUGUCUCCUACCUCGAUCGAACGUUUUUUGCCGGCACCGACGAGGCCGCAGUCCCUCCACCAUGGUCCAGAUCAGCGAAGUGAAGGGCAAUUCGCGCGAAAACAGGACAGCCGCCCAUACGCAUAUCAAGGGUCUAGGACUGCGCUCCGAUGGAACCGCAGAGCCGUCUAGUGAUGGCUUCGUUGGGCAGGGGUCUGCCCGUGAGGCAUGUGGUGUCGUGGUGGACCUGAUCAAGGCGAAGAAGAUGGCCGGACGAGCCGUUCUUCUGGCUGGUGGCCCGGGAACGGGCAAGACGGCGCUUGCUCUCGGUGUUUCCCAGGAGCUGGGUACUAAGGUUCCAUUCUGCCCUAUCGUGGGUAGUGAGAUCUACUCGGCCGAAGUCAAGAAGACUGAGGCCCUUAUGGAGAACUUCCGGAGGGCUAUUGGUCUCCGUGUGCGCGAGACGAAGGAGGUGUACGAAGGCGAGGUGACGGAAUUGACCCCCGAAGAAACCGAGAAUCCAUUGGGCGGCUACGGACGCACAAUUAGCCAUCUGAUCAUUGGACUGAAAUCUGCAAAGGGGACUAAGAAGCUCCGUCUCGACCCCAGCAUCUACGAAGCCAUCCAGAAGGAACGAGUCACAGUCGGAGACGUCAUCUAUAUCGAAGCGAACACCGGUGCCUGCAAGCGAGUUGGACGGUCGGACGCGUACGCCACGGAAUUUGAUCUCGAAGCAGAGGAAUACGUUCCCGUACCGAAGGGUGAAGUCCACAAGAAGAAGGAAAUCGUCCAGGAUGUGACGCUACAUGACCUCGACAUGGCCAAUGCCCGGCCACAGGGCGGACAGGACGUUAUGAGCAUGAUGGGACAGCUCAUGAAGCCUAAGAAGACCGAGAUCACGGACAAGUUGCGACAGGAGAUCAACAAGGUGGUCAACCGCUACAUCGACCAAGGCGUUGCCGAACUUGUUCCUGGCGUUCUCUUCAUCGACGAGGUCCACAUGCUCGACAUCGAAUGCUUCACAUAUCUGAACCGGGCCCUCGAAUCCUCCAUCUCCCCGAUCGUCAUUCUCGCCUCCAACCGCGGGAAUACCGUCAUCCGCGGCACAGACGACAUCACCGCCGCCCACGGCAUCCCCACCGACCUCCUCGCCCGUCUCCUCAUCAUCCCCACCCACCCGUACGCCCCCGACGAGAUCAAGACCAUCAUCCGCCUGCGGGCCAAGACAGAAGGUCUCAACAUCACCGACCCCGCCCUCGAGAAGGUCUCCGAGCACGGCAGCAAGGUCAGUCUACGGUACGCUCUGCAGCUGCUGACGCCCGCAAGCAUUCUGGCGCGGGUAAACGGACGACCGGGUGGCAUCGAGGAGGCCGACGUGGUCGAGUGCGAGGAUCUUUUCAUCGACGCGAAGCGGAGUGCUAUUAUCGUAAGCAAGGAUAGCGAGAAGUUCUUGCUUUGAUCUGCGAUGAUAUAUUCAACUUCGGGGUGGAAUUCUAUAAAGAGACUACGGAAUAAACAUGAAAACCAACACAGGAAAAUGGGGAAGGGGGAGGGGGAGGGCAAGGACUACUCGACUGAUGUGUAUACCAUGUCUGACACGUUGGAG